UGCGGGACUUCCGAAAGCCUGAUGAUCAGUCCACUGCUUCGAGUAUGAGCGACGCUCGCGAUAGACUCCGUGGCUUGAUGGUGCUGUUGUGAAAUGCGUGAUUGCCGCUGGUGUUGCGCGUUGCGCGUCGGCAGUGCGGAGUUGUCCAAGUGCGGGGCUGCGAAGUGGGAGCGCAGAUGUCCGAUAAGACCUCCACUACUGGAGGUAAGUAGAAUAGAUGAUGGUUCGGUGGGCGAUGGCAAGUGGUGGCAUCGGUUGGUUUAAGUAUUCCAGUUUCCUCUGCUCGUCCAUGUUGUGCUGCUUUAUCCUUCAUCGGCCGCUCAUUCGUACGAAGCGCAUUCGGACCCACUUCACGUGUCUCGAUUUGUGAUUUCCACGCCCUUUCCGCUUGCAACAGGCAUAGCUUUGGUAUUUCCAUCGUAUUUCAACAUGGGCAAAGUCGUUGCUGGCAUUGCGCUCUCGCACGCUCCUGGAGCCCUUGGCUUUCCAGAGACUGCACCACCACACCAGCGCGAAUCUACCGAGAAGGCGACACGGGACCUAGGCAUCACACUAGAACAAGCUAAGCCUGAUGUCAUCUUCGCCUUCCUGGACGACCAUUUCGAGAACUUCUUCCGCAACCACAUGCCCACGAUUGCCAUUGGUGUAUCGGACUACCACGAGGGCCCCGCAGACCAAUGGAUGGAGCCGCUGCACAUCACCAAGAAGACGAAAUUCCCCGGAAACCCAAAAGUCGCCGAGCACCUAAUCAAGAGCCUGGUAGACCAGGGAUUCGACUGCUCGCGGACGGGAUCGAUCGAGUAUGGGCAGAAUCUGCUCAUGCCAUGGGUACUCAUGAAAGCCGACCUCCCCAACGUCUCCGUGGUCCCCAUUUUCUUAAACGUCUUCACUCCACCGCUUAUGAAGUACUCGCGCGCCUUUGCGCUGGGCGAAGCAUGUCGUAAAGCCGCCGAGACACUCCCAGACGACACCCGCGUAGCCUUUAUGUCCACAGGCGGCCUGUCCCACUGGCCACCAUACUGGAACCCCAACCAAGCCGGCGACCCACCCACCGACCCCUUCCUCGCCAUCAUGAAAGAGUACCAAACAUUCGGCAAGCCCAUCCUGAAAAAGUACCCAGAUCUCUUCGUCAAGUUCGACGAGUACGAAAUCGAAAUGGCGGCUAAGAACGAGUAUCCGCUUAACUCAUCACGCAAAGUCCCGCUCGUCAACGCGGAGUGGGACCGCAAGUUCUUGGACCACUUCUGUGGCGGGGACAACGAGUGGUUGAGGAAUUUGACGUACGAGGAGGUCGAAGACGAGGCUGGGCAUGGUGGGCAUGAAGUGCUGAACUGGGUAGCGUUGAGCGGGGCAAUGGGUGGGAAGCGGGCGAAGUUGCUGCUGUAUGAGCCGGUUAUUGAGUGGAUUUGUGGGAUGAGUUAUGUGGAUUUUGAGGUGGGGAAGGGGGAGACGAAUGGGACGAAUGGUGUUCACUGAGUAAUGACAAGUAUCAGUGCCCAUUAUGCAGUUUAUAUGUACGUAUUCACGAUUUUUCAUUGCAUUCUUGUUCUUAGGUAAUGCUCAGCGCCACCUUCACGCCCAAGAGGCGUUCUGCAGGCUUCGCUCGCCCUCGGUCCUCAG